CCAACAUGUCAGUGACAGCAAAACAAGCCAGAUGGCGCCUGCCAGCGUACUUGCACAGCACCGCCGCAUCCGCACCGCACUGGCCUCUUCCCCUCCCACGCUUCCUUUUCCCGCUUUUCGCUUCCGCUCCUCCUCCUCCUCGCCGCCCCCCGCCUCCGUCCCGCCCGCUAGGGUUUCCGCCUCGGCCGCCGCCGACGACGACCAGCGGGUGCACGCCGCCUCAGUGCCGUUGUAGAUCGCACCAGUGCCCGUCUUUCAGAGUGACUGCAUUCCAUGGAUCUUGAGGCAAACUCUGAGCUCAUAUUUGGAGAGGAAUUCUGCUUUCCUGCUAAUGCAACUUACUAUCCGACUCCAUAUGGUCCAACUGGAAUUACUCUGCCUGCUGAGUUGUAUGAGCACCAGGCAAUUUGGAGAUGUGGUGAUCAAGAUCUACACUACUUGGGCCAACAGGCUGAAGGCACAUCAUACUCGUAUUAUGUUGUCCCUGACUAUGGGAUUGCACAUUCUCCCCGUCCCCGUGGCCCUUACCCUUCAGAACAUUGUGCUAUAGCUGAUGGCAGGUUUGCUAGAUCCCGAGAGUAUCUUGCUAAGACUGCUGACAUCGUAUGCCACCAACCAGUUCCUAUACCCCACUAUGAUGUUCUCCCAUCUGCUGCACAGUGGGGCCCAGCUAGCACGUCGCAAACUCUUAUGUGCAAUGAUAGUCUGUUCAUCCCCACUGAUCAAGGCCAAAGUUUCCCUGUUGUUCCAAAAAAGGGUAUUACAUGGAAUCCAUCUCUACAAUCAACCAGUGUUUCUUCAAAGAAAUUCGAAAACCAUGCUAUGCUAUCAACAGUACAACUGCAUAGUACAGAUCCAUGGAAGCAAAAUCUAGCAGCUGGAAGUGGAACUAUGGUACCUGCUAAACUUCGCCGUGCUCUACAGGCAUCACGACACUCUCUACAUGGGGGAGUUCCUCCUGUCAACUCCUCGCCGCAGACUAAUCCAUCAUACAACUAUAAUGCUUCACAUGUUGGAUCGGACCUCCGUAAGAUGGCCAUAGCUGAGAAAUUCCAACCAAGCUCAAAGCCAAGAAGCUAUGUAAAUGGUUUAACUGGAAAGUUGAGUUCAGUGUGUCGGCCGAACUUAAGUAAAGAAAAACAGCCAAGAGGUUCGACGUCCUCAGAAAUAGUUGCCACAUCCUAUACAUCAAGGCUGCAUAUUGGCAAUCCUGAGGGGAAAAUCAUCAUUAAGACUGAUCAAUAUAACAGAGAUGACUUCGAGGUGGUGUAUCCCAAUGCAAAAUUCUUUGUUAUCAAGUCUUGGGGCGAGGCAAAUGUUCACAAAUCCAUCAAAUAUGGUGUCUGGUCGAGCGGUCUUCAGGGAAACAAGAAGCUGGAUAGUGCGUUUAGAGAUGCUCAAAUGAUAGCUGCAAGCAGUUCUACCUUGUGUCCAGUUUUUCUGUUCUUUUCGGUCAAUGAAAGUAACCAUUUCUGUGGUGUUGCUGAGAUGGUUGGUCCUGUUGAUUUUCAAAAGAACAUGGACUUUUGGAGCAUGGAUAGGUGGGUUGGAAGCUUUCCUGUGAGGUGGCACAUUAUAAAGAAUAUACCAAACGUCGCCUUGAAAUGUAUCUUGCUGCGGAACAAUGAAGAUAAGCCUGUCACCUCCAGCAAAAAUACACAAGAGAUACACUAUGUUCCUGGAACUAGUAUGCUCAGGAUCUUCAAAGGUUCAAAAACAAAUGGAUGUCUGCUUGAUUGCUUCACGGUGUAUGAGGCGGAAGAAGCAAGAGGCAGAAAAUGCAGGAUGUCCAAGCUUAGGCGUGAUGCUCCACGUUUCAUACCUGUCCCGAAGCUGUCUCUGCACCAUGCCUACGUUCCUCGGCAGCCCAAAGCUGACAGAAUACUGAUGGACAGAAUUAUCAGGGAGACGCACGAUCUGGCAGGCAACGGCAUGCAGCAGAGCUCAUGGGAAGAACCUGGGAACCUGGCUAGAUAUUCUGCCAAGGAAUCUGCACAGAAAGAAAACCGUAGCUCUGGAAAACAGGCUCGUGAGGAUGUGGUGAAAGCUGUAAUAUACCAGCAGCAGCCCCUAGCUUCAAACAUGCCGGCUGGUCCGGCUGGAGGACAACUAACCUGGGAGGAGGUUGAAGUCACCCUGGUUGAAAAAGACCGCUCACAAACUGCUGCCAACAUCUCAUCGAAAGCACCUGAAGAGAAUCCUACUGAAGUUAAGAAUGCCUUGGUGCACAGUGCAUCAUCAACUCCAGAAACGAUUUAUGAAGAAAAGAAGGUCAUUGGGGAACACUGUGCUCGGGCAAUCAGUCCUCCUAUGAGUGAAGCCUGCUCAAGUUGCUUGAUUGGUGAUGUUCUGCGCAUUGGUUCCAUGCUGGUCCCGAUGAAGAUGCCCAACUAAAAGAUUCAAAAACCUUCCUCCUAUCAGCCGGAGCCGUGGCCUUGCUCGUUGAUAGGAGGGGCUCUCUUUUGGGUUCUGACUUGCUUGAUAACCGUGGGGCAGCCUGGGAACAAUUUACUUGGGAUUUUAGGCUCAGGGAGAGAGGCUUUCAUGCUUUCAGUAUCCUUUUUUGGGCCUACGGUCUACCAACUCUCUGGGAAGGAAAUAUGCAAGUAGUGAUGCGUUAAAUUAAACCUCUUGGUAACGAUGCACGAGCUUUCUGUUGCUCUUUUGUUGUGUUAAAUUAAAUGGUAAUGUGCUGCUAUUUA